AUGGCCCCUGUGCCACUUGCAGGAGGCGCGUACGAGCCUGUUUCGGGCGCAACGACCAACCAGGUCUGGCAGCUGAACCUCCUAACGCAUCGCGAGGUAGGAGCGUCGUCAAACCCGGAUAACAACACCGCGGCGCUACUGGACAGCUGCGCUGUCGGCAGAAACGGAUUCGCGUACACGUCGUCCGCCGAUAGCUACAUCAACGUGGUCCGCUACGCCACUGCCGGCCCGGUCCCUCUGCCGGCCAUCGACGUUUCGCUUCCCGCCAUCACCCGAGUCGCUCUUGGAGGCGCCGCGGACAACCUGCUUAUCGCCGCAGAUGGCUCUGCAACCGCAAGCGGCGCCGUGGGGCUCGACGUAUCGGAACUGGAGGCCGCCAUCACCGCCGCAUCCGGCGGUGCUGCUGGGAACGCGAACCGAGUCACUGUUCCCGAGACGGUUCUAGUAGGAAACGGUCACCAGUGCCUGUCCGUCUCGUUUUGCCGGAAGCCGCUCGGCUCGCCGGAGGACUUUGCCGUGCUGACGUGUCACAGGACGGCCGACGAUGCGGACUUCAUUGUUGUGGUUCCGAUCGAUCCCGCCACGGGGGCCUUCCAGACGGCGGCGAUUAAAUACUUCAGCGUUCCGUUUGCCGCCAAGCAAGCGGUUUGCUCGCCUCAGGGUACGUUCAUCGCCGUGUUGCGCUUCGACGUCAACGCGGUUUACACGUACGCCCUGCCACUCGCCGGAUCGCUCACGCCGCUCACCAUCACGUCUUUAACUACCGGCACUCCUGGAUCGCUCGUCGUUAACCCUGCGCAUAAAAAUAUUCUAGUUAGCAGCUCCGCUAGCUACGCUGGCGGCGGAUUCGCAGCCAAUCAGGUGCGCCUAGGGACCGUGGAUUCCGUGCCGUUCGCAGAAACUACGGGCUGCGCGUCGGCCGGCGCAGAUCUGGGGCCGUUUCAGUUUCUGACGUCAGGAACGGACGGGGGUGAGCUGGCGUUCUACCCCAGCAAUCCGCCCGUGGCGUUCCUCGCGCUGCCGGAAGGGCUGACGGUGAUGCGGCUGAGUCCUGACGGAUCCACGGAAGCCGACACGGCCAUGACGCUCAACCUUGGCGGGGCUGCGGCGGAAGCCGCUGGAUGGAGUUAUUUCGCCUCGGCCGUUUGCGCGCAGAAGUAUGUGCCGCCUCCCUCGCCGCCCUCUCCUCCUCCGCCUUCGCCGCCUUCUCCGCCGCCGUCCCCGCCUUCCCCGCCUAAGCCCCCCUCUCCUCCCAAGCCUCCUUCACCCCCCAGGCCUCCAUCUCCUCCGCCUAAGCCUCCUUCCCCUCCUCCUCCGAAACCCCCCUCUCCUCCUCCGCAACCCCCUUCCCCGCCCCCUCCUUCUCCUCCUCCAUCUCCGCCCUCUCCCCCAUCCCCUCCCUCGCCUUCUCCUCCCCCUUCCCCUCCCCCUUCCCCUCCCCCUUCUCCGCCCCCCUCUCCACCGCCCCCCCCACGUCCCGUCUCAGAGGAGACGGGGACCACGCAGGGCAAGGGCGAUCCAAACCGCGUGCCCAAGCCUUCUCCUAAGCCGGCCCCAGUGCCCAAGCCCAAGCAGGGAGGUGGAGGAGUGUUUGGGAUGUUCAAGUCGUGGUUCGGAGGGAAGAAGUAA